AUGGAUCAAGGCGUGCACGAUGCUCUGGUCGUUGGCGCUGGGCCAGCUGGCCUUGCGGUGUCUGUCAUGCUCUGUCGGAUGGGGAUCAAGCCCCUACUCAUCGAUGCUGGCACCUAUGCGAAACAUGAGUGGGGACGAGCCGAAGUGCUACAUUCAAGAAUGUCGGAAGUUUUCGAAAGCCUUGGCGAGCCGUAUCACCAAUUCAUGAGCAUGUCACGCGCCAUGAGCUCCCAGACGUUUUGGAAGUUGGAAAAUGGAGUUGCAGAACGUACUCUGAUUCAGCCAUAUUAUUCUGGGGCGACUGACUUCAAUGUCCCACACCCGCGCAACCUGCAUCAAGGUCUUAUCGAGGAGAUUCUUCUGCGCGAUGCCGAGCAUUAUAAUCCUGGCUUUUGCGUCAAUUGGCAGUGGAAAUUCGUGGAUAUGGAUUCCCAAGCCUCCGGCGAACCGUGUAAAGUGACCUUACAGCAUGUCGAAACCGCCGAGACGAAGGUUGUGCUGGCCAAGUAUGUACUUGGAGCAGACGGUGCGAGGUCCGCUGUCAGAGGGUGGGCUGCGAAGUUCGGCGUCAGCAUGGAGACGCAGCCGACCACUGAUCGCUCUUAUGUUCGAGACCUCAUCGGUGUUACUUCUGAUUUCCCAGAUCUCGAGCGUCUGUCGUAUGUUAUUGUUACUCUCACACCGAUCAGCCUAUUAUGCACACUACUAAUAUUCUUCCUACGACCGCACAGACUGAUCGUCUCCGAAAAAGGUGUUAUGAUCAAUGUUCCUAAAGAUCCUGUCGCGGGCAAGAGAGUCACUCGUCUUUCGUUGCAGCCCACCGAAGAUCCUUGUGGACUAUCCAAGGAGGAGAUGUCUCGACUCGUCAAGAGUAUGAUCGCACCUUUCAGACUUGACUGGGAUGAAAUAUCCUGGGAGUCUAGUUACACUGUCUCGUCAAUGAGUUUAUGGUUGAGGACAAAGUCAUCUUGUUGGGUGAUGCUUGCCAUACCCAUAGCCCUCGAGGCAGGUGGAUUGGGUAUGAACACGUCCAUGCUCGAGGGACAUAAUCUGGGUUGGAAGCUUGCGCUUGUGCUCAAGGGCAUCGCAAAACCAGAGAUCCUGUCAACGUAUGGCGCCGAGCGACAUCCUGUGGCUUACAACUUGAUCAGCAUAGAUCGGCAGCUGGUGCAAGCUGCCGCCAAAUAUCAUCAUGAGAAAACGAAGGAGACUGAUAAUGAUACCACCGGAGAAAAUGCGGAUAUCCAGAAAAUCUAUGAGAUCACUAGCGGGUAUGCAUCUGGCUCCUCGAUCGUCUACUCCCCCAACUUGCUCGUUACGCCCCCUAACAACAUAGCAGAAGUGUUCGCGGCGGAUAAGCCAAGCGCACCUGUGGGAGGGCGCACCCGUCCCGCGCUCAUGAAGCGUUUCUCCGACGGUGUUAUCGUAUCUGUUCACCCUCGCUUCGAUGGUCGCUUCACCAUUUUCCUCCUGGUCGGCGACCUCGAGCACCCGGGAACAGUCGAUUCUUUGCUCUCCCUCGACGACUACAUCACGUCUUUGGGAUCCAUCUAUACUCGCUAUGGCGAGAGUGUACGCAUAGAGGACAUACCCAUCCAUUUGCGCAUGCGCCCUAUAGAUGGAAAGGCAGGCGCUGUGCCGAUACCAGAAGGUCGCAAGCUCUACACAUAUGAAGAUGAUGACCUUCCCCAGUUCGAUGACGGCUAUGGCACGCGUUCGCAUUCACUCUUUCGGUCGAUGGUGAUCACUACUACGAAGGAUGCGGAGGUUUUCAAGCUCGCCUCCUUCAUGGCAAGGGUCUCGCCGCUCGGCCAGUCCAAGUCUCGCUUGUUGCACCCCUCACGUCUAUUUUCGGAUAGCUGUGCCGCCUUAUCGCCGUUUGAGGAGGCUAUCUUGCGGCAUCCUGUGCACGAGAAAUGGGGGAUUGAUCAAGGGGUCGGAGCCAUUGUCGUCGUGCGUCCCGAUGGCCAUGUUGGAAUGCGAGCAGAUGGCUAUGGGAUUGGUGCCUGGAAGGAGGUGGAAAAGUACUUCGCAGGUUUCCUCAUCUAA